AUGGCCGAGCCUCCUCGUGCGAGCACCUUUGAGCUGGCGGCACCGGGCUCGACGCCGCCCUCACAGACAGCCACGACUUGCCUUGAUGUGGCCUUGGCACUCUCCGCCGUCUGCCUUCUGCCGCUGUGCUGCCGGAAGCUCCUCGAGAGCUGUGGCGCUGCCCUGCCGCUGCUCUUGUACUACGGGCUGUACUGCGUGUUGAUCGUCCGUUGGAGGCGGGGUACCUUCGGCUACUCCCCACCAUGGAACCUGGUCCCAUGGCGAUUUCCGCCGAACUCGCUUCAACGCUGCCGCAGCUACAAGCUCGUUGCCGCUUUUUGCGUGCUCUUGGCGGUGCAGGCCUGCGCUCAAGUGGCAUCGUUUGAGACUAUUCAGGUGGACCAGGACGCUAGCUGGACGCAGGCUGGAUUUCUUUGUACACUGCUGGUGUGGGCUCCCGCGAAUUCCAUGCUGGAGCAACUCUCCUGGCUCUACUGCUUCGACGCCUUUGAUAAGUAUGGCCUCUCAGAAGUGCCUUUCUCCAUGGGACGCCGACUUGCGCAGAGCACGCUGGGAUUGCUGGCUUGCCUCGCCCUGGUGGGAUCCAUUCAUGUGUUCUUCUGGACGAAGUUUCUGCCAGACUAUGUGCGUGUGGAGCCCCAGCAUACGGUGCUGUUCACCAGCAGGUUUGUGGUGACGCCAGGCUACAUUCUUGUGAGGGAGUGGUCCCAGAGCAUGACGCCGGUGGCCAUGGUACAUAUACUGUCAGAUGUCUGUCUGGUUCUGGGAUCUCGCUAUGACCUGUUGCCGCGAUUGUUCCGACCCCUGCCGUGA